AUGUCAACUGAUCGUCGUUAUCCCACACGAAACACGACAAGAAUCGAUCAAACCACUGGUGAACUAUCGACCCAAUUACCAUCUACACGAAGAAUAGCCUCGUCAAAUAUAGAACAUCCGCUAACCGACACCCAGGAGUCACAACAUUUGGAUAAUAGGGAUACAGCGAACCUGGAAUCGCAUUCUACCGUGACCAUCCUGAAAACAUCCGAUGAAUCAAUAUUCCCUUCGUUCCACCAACCACAACAACCGACAAUGACGUCACCAUCCGCACAAACAUACUCUUUACAAACAGAAAUCGAUUACCUACGGAAAGAAUUGGAAUUAUUGAAGCUACAACAGUCUCAGCAGCACAUGAAUGCCGCCCAUUCAUAUUCAUCUAAUACACGAUCAUUCGAUCGCAAUCCAUUAUCAACCAUCCCACCGCUAUCAUCAUGCACAUCGAUAGCUACUACACCGAUGCAUUUUAUUAUUAACACAGAUCCACUUCAGCAAAUGAAAGAUUUUGUUAAACCGUUUUAUGGCAAGUCUGAUGAUGAUGUUGACAAAUGGAUUGAAAGUAUUAUUCACUAUUUCGACGUCGCACGUCUCCCUGGCGAUAAAGAACAAUUGUAUUUUCAAUACGCUCCAGCUUUUUUAAAAGAAUACGCAUAUAAAUGGUGGACCGAAGAAAAACCCUGUAUUUGGAACUGGCUAACAUUUAAACAAUUAUUAAUGGAGAAAUUUGGUAAAAAGAAUGAAUAUUUCAUUGAACAACAGUUGGAUCAACGCAAACAACAAUUCAAUGAACCUGUUAUCAAAUAUUACUAUGAUAUUAUCGAUCUAUGUAAGAGAUACGACCCGAAUAUGUCGGAUAAACAAAAAAUUCGUAAACUGACAAAUGGAUUACGCUUUUCAUUAUACCAAGAUGCUAUUAAAGAGACGUACGCAACGCCGUCCGAAUUUUUAACGAAGGUGCAACAUUUGGAGAACAUUCAGAAGUUGAUCGAGCUUCGACAAUCACAGAUAGAAGGUUCAACUAUAUGGAAAGAUGCGGAUAGUACGUCAUCUCUACAACAAAUUCAGCUCCAUUCAUCGUCAAAAUCACAGGUAUCAUCGAAUGAUCCGUCAAGUAAUCGAUCCACCCAACGUACUCGUAAUUCUUCACCAAUGCACGAUGAAUACUCCUAUCAAACACACCGUCCGUAUUAUUCGUCACCAAACUCUUACCCAUUUUAUCAACAAUAUUCUUCUGAUCUGAAUGAUCAACAUAUAUCACCGCAAUCAUCUAUAACACAGCACAUGUACGGUCGACAACCGACUACCGAUUACAAUCGAACAUAUUCAUCUUCGCACAAGCCCACUCAUCCAUCAAAUGGAUCAAGUUUUCAAUGUUAUAAUUGUGGACAGUCGGGACAUAUUGCUCGUCACUGCUCAAAAAAGAAUCAUGCAUCAUCAGACUCACGACAACACGCACGUUCAAAAAACCAAUAG